AUGACUGUAGUGAUUCCCACCCCGGAGUACCGUGCAGUAGUAGAGAAGACUGUGCGGGUUGCGGCUAUUUGUGUGCGGCCUGUGCACCGCGUUGGGGAAGUCCUGCGGGCCCUGCGUGGGUGUUUAUACGAUAUGCGUGGUGUGCGUAAUGUCUUGGAUGGAGAGAGAAGAAAAGGUACAGUAACAACAACAACAACAGGUGAGAAGAAAGAGGAGGAGACAUACAAGUUGUUAUUGUUGGAUCCCGUAAGAGUACCCGUGUUAUCUGACACUGCAGAGGAGGAGAAUCAUCAUAAUAAUAUUAAUAAUAAUGAUAAUGUGGAUAAUAUAGGGAUUGGUAUCCAUACAUCUCCUCUAGUGUGGGUAGAUGUAAAUGAUGUUUCACUUCCCUCUAUUCUGCGAGAUCGACUGCAGUCAUUACCGAAAUGUAAAGAUUCCACUGCAUCUUGUAUACAUGUUGCCAUGACAACACACACUGUGCGACUUAAUUACAAGAACUUUACAAUGCCUGAACUGCUGCAGCGGAUUCUUCCACCUAACACAGUUCCUCUGAGUGGGUUUGAACAG